AUGACUGGGGAAGAAGAUAAGAAACCUCACUUUGAUGCAUCAGGAGCUCAUCAAAUAGAAGAUAAAACUGCUACUGCUAUUUUAAGAAGGAAAAAGAAGGAUAAUGCAUUAGUUGUUGAUGAUGCUGUUAAUGAUGAUAAUUCUGUUCUUACAAUGUCAUCUAAUACUAUGGAAUUAUUACAAUUAUUUCGUGGUGAUACUGUAUUAGUUAAAGGUAAAAAGAGAAAAGAUACUGUAUUAAUUGUUUUGGCUGAUGAUGAUAUGGAUGAUGGAAUUGUUAGAAUUAACAGAUGUGUUCGUAAUAAUUUAAGAGUAAGAUUAGGUGAUAUUGUUACAGUUCAUCCUUGUCCUGAUAUUAAAUUUGCUAAUAGAAUAUCUGUAUUACCAAUUGCUGAUACUGUUGAAGGUAUUACAGGUUCAUUAUUUGAUCUUUAUUUAAAACCUUAUUUUGUUGAAGCUUAUAGACCUGUAAGAAAAGGUGAUUUAUUUACUGUUAGAGGUGGUAUGAGACAAGUUGAAUUUAAAGUAGUUGAAGUUGAUCCUGAAGAAAUUGCCAUUGUUGCUCAAGAUACAAUUAUUCAUUGUGAAGGUGAUCCAAUUAAUCGUGAAGAUGAAGAAAAUAAUUUAAAUGAUGUUGGUUAUGAUGAUAUUGGAGGUUGUAAAAAACAAAUGGCUCAAAUUAGAGAAUUAGUUGAAUUACCUUUAAGACAUCCUCAAUUAUUUAAAUCAAUUGGUAUAAAACCUCCUAAGGGGAUUUUAAUGUAUGGACCUCCUGGUACUGGUAAAACUAUUAUGGCAAGAGCUGUUGCUAAUGAAACUGGAGCUUUCUUCUUUUUAAUAAAUGGUCCUGAAAUUAUGUCAAAAAUGGCUGGUGAAUCAGAAUCUAAUUUAAGAAAAGCUUUUGAAGAAGCUGAAAAGAAUUCUCCUUCAAUUAUUUUUAUUGAUGAAAUUGAUUCUAUUGCUCCAAAGAGAGAUAAAACUAAUGGUGAAGUUGAAAGAAGAGUUGUUUCUCAAUUAUUAACUCUUAUGGAUGGUAUGAAAGCUAGAUCAAAUGUUGUUGUUAUUGCUGCUACUAAUCGACCAAAUUCUAUUGAUCCAGCUUUAAGAAGAUUUGGUAGAUUUGAUAGAGAAGUUGAUAUUGGUGUACCAGAUGCUGAAGGUCGUUUAGAAAUUUUAAGAAUUCAUACUAAAAAUAUGAAAUUAGCUAAUGAUGUAGAUUUAGAAUCAAUUGCUUCAGAAACUCAUGGUUUUGUUGGUGCUGAUGUUGCAUCUUUAUGUUCAGAAGCUGCCAUGCAACAAAUUCGUGAAAAGAUGGAUCUCAUAGAUUUAGAAGAAGAUACUAUUGAUGCUGAAGUUUUAAAUUCUUUAGGAGUUACUAUGGAUAAUUUUAAAUUUGCUCUUGGUAAUUCAAAUCCAAGUGCUUUACGUGAAACUGUGGUUGAAAAUGUUAAUGUUACUUGGGAUGAUAUUGGUGGUUUAGAUGCUAUUAAGAAUGAAUUAAAGGAAACUGUUGAAUAUCCUGUUUUACAUCCAGAUCAAUAUCAAAAGUUUGGUUUGGCACCAACCAAGGGUGUAUUAUUCUUUGGUCCACCAGGUACUGGUAAAACUCUUUUAGCUAAAGCUGUUGCCACUGAAGUUUCUGCUAAUUUUAUUUCUGUUAAAGGUCCAGAAUUAUUAAGUAUGUGGUAUGGUGAAUCUGAAUCAAAUAUUCGUGAUAUUUUUGAUAAAGCAAGAGCUGCUGCUCCGACUGUUGUAUUUUUAGAUGAAUUAGAUUCUAUUGCUAAAGCAAGAGGUGGAUCUCAUGGUGAAGGUGGUGCCUCUGAUAGAGUUGUUAAUCAAUUAUUAACUGAAAUGGAUGGUAUGAAUGCUAAAAAGAAUGUUUUUGUAAUUGGUGCAACCAAUAGACCAGAUCAAAUUGAUCCAGCUUUAUUAAGACCAGGUAGAUUAGAUCAAUUAAUUUAUGUUCCAUUACCUGAUGAACCAGCAAGAUUAUCUAUUUUACAAGCUCAAUUAAGAAAUACUCCAUUAGAGCCAGGUUUAGAUUUGAAAGAAAUUGCUAAGAUUACUCAUGGAUUUUCCGGUGCUGAUUUAUCUUAUAUUGUUCAAAGAUCAGCUAAAUUUGCUAUUAAAGAUUCUAUUGAAGCUCAAAUCAGAUUAGAUAAACAAAGAGCUACUAAAGAAGAAGAAACUAGUAAAGUUAAAGAAGAAGAUGUUGAUAUGACUGCUACAAAAGAAGUUGAAGUUGAAGGUGAAGGUGAAGCAGAAGAAGAAGAAGAUCCAGUACCAUAUAUUACUAGAGCUCAUUUUGAAGAAGCUAUGAAGACUGCUAAACGUUCAGUUUCUGAUUCUGAAUUACGUCGUUAUGAUGCUUAUGCUCAACAAUUACAAGCUUCAAGAGGUCAAUUUGCUAAUUUUAGAUUCUCUGAAGAUCAAGAAGGUGCUGCCAAUGGUGAAGGAGCUUCUGGAAAUACAGGAGCUUCAUUUGGUCGUGAAGAAGAAGAAGAUGAUUUAUACAGUUAG